AUGGCCUUGUUUACACCCACCAAUCAGAAGCGCCUUACAAAUGUCUCCGUAGUGAGACUCAAGAAAGGUGGGAACCGUUAUGAAUUGGCUUGCUACCCCAAUAAGGGUAGCGAAACCAAUUUAGACGAAGUUUUGCAAACACACAUGGUAUUCUCUAACGUUUCCAAGGGGCAAUUUGCGAAUAAGAAAGAAAUGUUCCAAAUAUUCCGAACAGAAGAUGAAAUACAAAUUAUCAAAACGGUAAGUCAAAUGUGGCACUCGCUAUUUUCGCAGAUUCUUGAACAAGGUGAGCUACAGUUGACCGAGAAAGAACGGUCUGUGGAACAGAGCAGUUUAUUUCGAGACGUUGCAAAACUGGUGUCCGAGAGAUGUGUCAAUACGGAAACCAAUCGAGCGUAUACGGUGACCAUGAUUGAAAAGAUGAUGAAAGAUUGCCAUAUUUCACUGAAAGCAAACAAAUCCGCGAAACAACACGUACGUGCUAGUUCAUUUCAUGCAAUUUUUGUGCAGGCUUUAGAAGUAAUACGCCAGCUUCGAGCGGUUGAUGGAUUCAAAAUAGCUCCUGCAAUGAUGGAGGUUGUAAUAUCGAUUGAUAAAGAUUGUAUUGCACAAGUGAAAGAACCGUUGCUCGAGCUGUGCACUACGGUUCUACGACAAGGCAUCGCUGAAACCGGGAGUUACGAUUUGGUUAGUCCAUGUUUUGAUUUUUGUCUUUUUAAGUGUUAUUUCUGUGAAUUCCCCGAGUUUGGUAACGUCAUAUAA